AUGGCAGACCCCCCCGGCUGCUGCCGCUCCUGUGCCACCUGCCUGCUCUGCCUCUACAGCUGCCAGUGGAUCACCGCCAAGAAGGAGAAGAGGAAGGGCCUGAGAACCACCAAGUGCGACUACAGCUGGUUCCUCUUCCUGUUCUGCGUCUUCCUGUUCACACUGGUGUGGCUCUACUUUGCCAUCAUCAUCCUCAAUGAUUUCCACAACUUCAAUGAGUUCAUCUUCAAGCAGAGGAAGUUGUGGCUAGACUGGUCCCUCCUCCUGCUCAUAGCUACAGCUGUGCUGAUCACCUACUCAGCUGUGCUGCUGGUCCUUGCUUUGUGCUUGCAGCUCUGCGGCCAGCCCUUGAAGCUACACUGGCUGCACAAGACCCUGCUGAUCUUAACUGCCCUGGUGGUAGCUGCAGCCUUCAUAGGGCUGGGAAUAAAGUGGGCGGAGGAGUGGAGGAGUGCACGUGUCUCUCUGCAGGCAACAGGUCCCUUCCUGCACAUUGGAAUUGUGGGGGGAAUGACACUCCUUGCCUGGCCCCUGGCCAGCUUCAUCUACCGCACCCACAACACAGGUCUCAAGGUGUUUCUGCUGCUUGUGUACUGCACGGUGAUGAUUGUGCUGUAUCUGGCUCCCCUGGGAAUCACCUCCCCUUGCAUCAUGGAGGAGAACCAGCUGCCCCCCAAGCCAGCCCUGGUUGGCCACCGAGGAGCACCCAUGCUGGCCCCUGAAAACACCCUCAUGUCACUGUACAAAGCGGUGGACUGUGAUGUGCAAGUCUUUGAGACAGACGUCAUGGUGAGUGCUGACGGGGUCCCAUUCCUCAUGCAUGACGAGGAACUCACCAGGACUACCAAUGUGCAGGCUGUGUUCCCUGAGAGGGCUGCACUGAACAGCACCGCCUUCAACUGGACAGACCUCCAGCAGUUGGAUGCUGGCAGCUGGUUCCUGGAGCGGAGGCCGUUUCCCACUGUGCAGAGUCUUUCUGCGGGCGAUCGCUACCAGGUGGCUGAACAGAGGAUCCCAUCCCUGGAACAGGCACUAGAGGCAGCCAAGCAGAGCAAUAUCUCCAUCAUGUUCGACCUCCGGCCUGAGAACCACAGUGACUACCAGAGGUUCGUCAAUGCCACCCUGGAAGUGAUCUUACAGUCAGGCAUCCCACUACAGCAGGUCCUCUGGCUGCCGGAUGGGUUCAGGGAACAGGUCAAACAGCAAGCCCCAGGCAUUCAGCAAGUUUACGGCCGGAAGAGACUCCAGAAUGAGAAGGAGCCACUGCUACAUGUCAAUCUGCCCUACCAGGACAUGAGCUCUGAGGAGAUCAGGCAGUACCGCCAGGACAACAUCUCUGUCAACUUGUAUGUGGUGAACCAGCCUUGGCUCUUCUCUGUGCUGUGGUGCUCUGGGGUGAGCUCUGUCACCACCAACGCCUGCCAGGUGCUGAAGGAGAUGAAACACCCCAUCUGGCUGCUCCCCAGCAGCACGUAUCUCAUGAUCUGGAUUGUUGUAGACUGCACUUCCUUCCUUGCCAUCCUCUGGGCCUUCCUCUUGCUGAAGAAAUGCUCCCAGAGAAGACGGCCAGCGGAGUCUGAGACGGAUGUGCUGCUCACAAAGAUCAACAGCUUGAUGCAAGAGUGA